UUUAAAGUUAUCUAACCUCUGCUAUAUCUACUUAUAAAUAAUAAAAAAAUAAUAUAAAUUGUAUGCAAUGUUUUCAAAGCGAAUAUUACAUAUCGCUCAACUCGGUGCGGUCGGUGUAGCGGGAUAUUAUAUAGGUUGUAAGGAUAAAAUUAAUAGUUUAAGUGACACAGUGGUUAUCGAUGGCAAAACUUUAAAAAGCAUGCCUGGUCUGCCAAUAUUUGGCACGGUAUCUGCAGCAACACCAUAUACAGAGAGCGGUUCUCCUCAAGAUAGAAUAUCGCAAAUUAUGAAAUACGGCUUUCCCAGUUUGGAUAAUGUGCGUUCCUACGAUGACUACGUUCUAUCUUACGAUCGUCGAAACAGGGUGCCUAAUUGGGUGUUUGAACAUAUUACGAAGGGGCAUGUCAUGAAAAAUGAUGCUGUAGACAGAAGCAAGUGUGACUUUAAACCUGAUGAAAGUAUUCAUCCAUUCUUUAGAUCUCAAAAUAGUGAUUACAAAGGAUCAGGGUUUGAUAGAGGUCACAUGGCAGCAGCUGGCAACCAUCGCCUUGCUCAGAAACAUGUGGAUCAAACCUUCUUCCUAACAAACAUGGCUCCUCAGGUCGGCGAAGGAUUUAACAGACAUGCUUGGAAUCGCUUAGAGAAACAUGUUAGGAAACUAACCAAGGUUUAUGACAAUGUCUAUUGUUGUACGGGUCCUCUUUACCUUCCUAGAAAAGAAGUAGAUGGUAAAUCAUACAUUAAGUACCAAGUGAUAGGUGCCAACACAGUGGCAGUGCCCACUCACUUCUACAAGGUUGUAGUUGCCGAGUCCCCUGAUGGCUCGUUGGACAUGGAGGCAUAUGUCAUGCCCAAUCAGAAGAUACCGGAUGAAACACCUGUGUCUUCUUACAUGGUGCCGCCAGAAACGAUCGAGAGAGCAGCUGGUUUACUAUUCUUCGAUAAAAUACAAAGAAGUAAGCUCAGCAGAAUAAAUGGAAAAAAAGUGUAAAUCAAAGAACUCUCAAAUAUAUUUUAUUAGUUCAAUUAUAUUUAUUAGAUUUUUAAUGUAUGUGUAAAUAAUGUAAAUGACAUAGUAAAUAUUUUUAACCUUAAAUAAAAGAC